AUGCGUGUUCAGUCCUCCUGGGCCUUCUGCUUUGCCUUCCUCUCUUUCAAGCAGCCAUGGCUGCAGAGAUUCAAGCCGCUGUCUCUUCCUUCAGGGCUGGGCACGGAGCCCAGAAUCCAGGUGACGGCUGGGCAGGAUGGAGUCAGGGCAGACUGCACGUCGGCUGGCUGGUUCCCCAAGCCCUGGGUGGAAUGGAGAGACUUCAGGGGCCAAGCGAGGCCCGCUGUGACAAAUCUCUCAGCUUCAGCCACCACUGGGCUCUGGGCUGUGGCGUCCAGCUUGACCCUCUGGGACAGGGCUGUGGAGGGUCUCUCCUGCUCCAUCUCCAGCCCCCUUCUCCCUGAGCAGAGGAAGGUAGCUGAGAGCCGCCUGCCCGAAUCUUCUCCAGCUACCUUUUCCAGAAGCUCCGGGUUCACGGCAUGGAAAGCAGCUCUGCCUCUGAUCCUCGUUGCAGUGGGACUCCUGAUAGCUGGAGGCCUCUGUAUCUUCUGGAAACGUCAAAGGGAAAAGAAUAAAAGAUGGCUGGAAGAAGAGAGGGAGCGAAGAGAAGAGGAGCAGCAGCCGCCCACCGGCAGCGGUGAGGCUGAGCCAUGGCGCGUGAGCCUGAAGCUGGACCCGGACACCGCGAGCCCCAAGCUCAGCCUGUCGGAGGAUGGGAGAAGCGUGUGGCGGCUGCUGUUCCCACAGGACCUGCCCCCCGGCCCCGGGAGGUUCGAGCCGGAGCCCUGCGUCCUGGGCCGGGAGCGCUUCUGGACGGGGAGCCAUCGCUGGGAGGUGGAGGUGGGCCGCAGGAGGGCCUGGGUGCUCGGCGUGUGUGCGGAGGGCUUGCCGCGGAAGGGCAGGAUCCCCAAGGCCCCGCGGCACGGAGUCUGGGCGCUGGAGCUGUACGGGAGGCGCUGCCGGGCCCUGUCCUACCCCAGGACGCGCCUCCAGCUGGCCCGGCCCCUCCAGCGGGUGGCCGUCACCCUGGACUGCCACGCCAGCAGCGUCUCCUUCCACAGCGGGACGGACGGCUCCCUGCUCUACACGUUCUCUGGACUCGCCGCUGGGCCCCUGCGGCCAUUCUUCUGUCUCUGGACGCACGACCCCUGUCCCCUGAUCAUCUGCCCAGUGGGCCCAGAGACCGGGAAAGGUACUGCCGACCCCAGAGACCUCUGGCCUUCCCCGGGAAACUCCAGUGGGGGAGACACUGUCCUCGAAAGACAAGGACACUCCCCGGGCGAGGCUCACAUUCUCGCCCAGCCCUGUCCAGCACCGGGAGGAACGUGCAGCCCCUGAAGCUCAACAGGACUGUGUCUGAGGGUGCGGCCCAGGGCCGCGAUCCCCCGUCCCAGCUCCACACUUCUCCUGUAAAAUGAUGGCGCUGUGGUAGGCACUGAAUUGUGCCCCUUCGAAGGUUGAAGUCCUAACCCCGCGACCUCCAAAUGUGGCUGUGUUUGGAGAUAAGCCCUUUAGAGAGGGAACUGAGGUCAAAGGAGGUCAUGAUGUGUCCCUGAUCCUACAGGGCUGGUGUCUCCACAGAGGGGAGGUCAGGUCACAGGCACAGAGGCCUGGCCCUGGGAGGGUCUGCGGAGAAGCCCAGGAGAGAGGCUGAGGGGAAACGGCCCUGCCAACAGACGCCUUGGCUCGGCCACCAGCCUGCAGGACUGGAGAAGGUCAGUGUCCGCCUUUAGGCCAGGCCUGCCGUCCUUUGUUACCGAGGCCCAGGCAGAUUAAUAAUAAAGAGCAGUCAGUACACCCCUGGGCUCCUCUGUGACAGGCAGAACUUGGGGCACGUGCAGAACCAGCAGCCCAGGGCCCUCUGCUGCUCCAUAAACAGCAGUCCUCCUCCUCUUCCUCCCCCUCCUCCUCCCUCCUUCUGCCUUCUCCUCCCCAUUUCCUUUCCCCUCCCCCUCCUUCCCUUCCUCUUCUUCCUCCACUCCUCCCCCUUCCUCAUCCCCCUGACGGUCCCCCAGAUGUCUGGUCUUCCUGGAAUCGAUCUGCUCUCCCUCCCUCCCCGUGAUGUGUUAUCAAAGGGCCACCCAGAGGCCAAAGGUCCCAGGCCUUGUUGACUUACCCUUGGCAUCAGUCAGGAUCAAAUCUGAGCAGAAGCCACACCAGCAGUUUGACAGAGAGAAUGAGCCAGAAAGAAGUGUUCUCCAGGCAUCGGAGAACCCAGACGACAAGGACACUGUCCUUCAGGGUGCUAGCGCUCAGCUCCUGAAGCAGCGCCCACCCCAUGGCUGGGAAGGCAGGCAGCUCAGGGGAGGAGCCCUCGGAGGUGAGGGGCCCCCAGUGCGGCUGGGAAAAUGCAAACUGGUCACACACUGUGAGGUUGGACAACCCUGGGCGGGACGAGGAUGGACUGACCCCUGAACGCGCCCUCUGGCCGCCAGCUGCGGGGUCAAAUAGGGAGCAGCUGAUGGGAGCCUUGCAGGCCUGUCUCCACCCAGCCAGGGAGCACUUGGGAGCGCCCUGAGGCUGCCCAGCUAAGUUCAGCACACCUGGGGGUUUAAAACCAUGUGAAUUUCCUGUGGUCCCAGCCUCUCAGGAGGCUAGGACAGGAGGAUCGCUGGAGCCCAGGAGUCUGAGGCUGCAGUGAUCUGUGAUCAUGGUGCCACACUCCAGCCUGGGCCACACAGAGAGACUGUCUCUAAUUUAAACAAACAAAAAACGACGGCACGAAUGUAUUCUCUCCCAAUCCUGGGGACCUCGUCUGAAAUCAGAGUCACAGGGCUGGCUUCUCCUGAACCCUCUGAGGAAGGCUCCUUCCCAGCUCCUGGUGGCUGCUGGCCCCCUUGGCUUGUGGAAGCGCCGCUCCAACCCCUGCCUCUGUCACGCGCGGCUCUCUUCUCUCCAUGGGUCUGCAUCUCAAAUCGCCCUACCCUUUCCCCAUGAGGACAUGCAGUCAAUGGCCUUGGGGCCACCCUAAGCCAGCAGUGUCUCAUCUUCAGAGCCACAAGAAGGGAUCUUAAUUCCAUCUGCUGAGACCCUUUCUCCAAUAGGGUGCCCAUUCGCAGAUACCAGGCACUACAACUUGGACGUACCAUUUUGGGGGGCCCCAUUCAGCCCAGUACAGUGAGUUGUGAGGUCUCAAUGACCCUCACACCUCCCAGAAAACAACGGACUCCACCAGGACCCUGUCGGGGUCUGUCAGCCUUUGGGAGAGAAAAGUGCCUUGGACAAAGGUGAAAUCCAUUUUAUAAAGGUAUUCCGGAUUCCCAGUUCUCAGAGUCCACCGUCAGAGCACUAGCGCGGUUAGCGGUGUGGCCAGAAAUCGCCAUGGAAGAAGGUGGGCUCGGAGCUGGGCUCUGGAGAGAGGGUAGAAUGGGUGUGGGUGGAAACAGGAUCGGACAGAGCCUUUGCCCUCCCCACUGGCAGCUCCCCCAUCACCACCAAGCUCUGCAGGUGACUUCCUUCAGCCUCAGGCUGACACACAAUUGUAAAAAAAGUUUAUUUCUCUUUCCUGAUUAUUAAGAUAAUACUGAUACAUAAGAAAGUGUGCCCAUUUUAAGUGUGCAGUUGGAUGAGUUUUGACCCUUGUGUAUAAUCACACCCCCUGCAGGAGAUUAACACUUCCUCCCUAAACGUUCCCCCCAAUCCCUUAGUAACCGACCCACUCUCCCCAGCCCCUGUCCCAAGCGACCACUGAUCUGCCCUCUACAGUUUGAAUUCACUCUUGGUCUUUCUUUGGGAUAACAAGUCUGUUAAAAUCCAGCAACCUUCCUGGUGCAGCUGGGCCCAUAAGCACCGUCUUACUCCAGCUCUUCUCUUGGAUGCGUCUGUAUUGUUUCCCAUCCCUCGUUGCCUGUU